UGAAACGAAACGCGUUUGUGGCUUCAGACGGCGAGUGGCAGUCGUACAACAAAGACGUAGUUCUCCAAAGUUUCCAGAGGCCAAAAAUUCCCCUUACUGAAAAGUUGGUCAGGCAACUUUUUCAACCAUCAAAACCUGCAGAAAAAAAAACGCUCAACAAAUUCCUUUUACUUUUGUCGAACUUUUGGAAAAUCCUCUACUGCUAUAGAUGACCGAGAAGGAUACCGUCUCGAUGGCUACCGUGCAAAUGAAGCCCGACUAUGCGGCUAGCGAGGUCUACAGUACCGCCAGCGAACCGCCACCGAUGGGAUUUUUUAACUUUAAUCAUCAGGCCUACAAGCGCCAGGCGAAUUCGGUGAAGAUUGCCAAGAUCACCGCCUUCACCAUCAUCGUGUCGUCCUUCAUUCUGGGCUCCUUUAUCCUGGCCUCGUCGUAUCUGCAGGCCAAGGCCUCUUGCGACCAGGUGCAGGCCCUCGAUUCGGUGCUGGAAAAGGAGCUUAUGCUCGAGACUCUGCAGCAGGUGGGCAAGGAGCUUCCUCGCGCUGAACCCCUCCUAGGAUCCGCCGGAUCUGCCGACGACUCCGAGUUGCAGACCCUGGAGCCUGAGAGUCGCAAGGCUGAAGCCACCCAGGAUGCCGAGGAGCACUCCUCCGACAAGGACAACUCCUACUCCGACAGCGAUGAGACCGACGAGCUGCAGAAGUACCCCGGCAAAAUGCCGCUCGAGCUGGACUUGAGCGACCUGGCUGCCGCCAUUCUGCGCAACAACAAGAAAUCCCGCAUGAACUGUGUGGUGGAGCGCAAGCACGCCGAGGAGAUUGUCGACUCGCCCUCGAAGACGGUGGCCCUGCCCUUCGGCGUCAACCUGACCACGGAUCCCAAGAAGGCCCGCAUCACCGGCGAGCGCAUCUCGAUCUUCUGCGACGGCGGCGACGAGAAGGACAAGGAGGAGAAGGAGGCUAAGCGGCAGCGGGAGCAGGAGGAGGAGGACUCCGACGAGGAUGCCGAGCCGCUGAGGCCUAUGUUCAUUCCCUUCCAGCGAGUGCCCAUCCCCUUCGGCCGCAUUCCCGACCAGAUGCCGCUGACGCACAUGCCCCAGAGGAUGAUGCCCCCGGCCAUGCAGAUGCACCAGCAGCUGCCCCAGCAGCAGCAGCAGGGACCCAUCAUCAUCCGUCAGCUGCCGCCUCCGUUCCAGCACCUGCCCAUGCGUCCCCCCAUGCCGCCGCAGGUGAUGCAGGCCCCCCGCAUGGAGUCCUCCGAGGAGAUGCAGAUGCAGAUGCCCAAGGUCCAGACCCUGCGCAUUCACAUGCAGCAGAUCCCCUUCCGCGAGAUCCACGUGGCCGACGAUGUGCCCGUCCAGAUUCCCGCCCAGCAGCGCCAGGAGCAGCAGCAGCGCCAGGAGAUGCAGCACCGCCAGGAGAUGCAGCAGCGCCAAGAGAUGCAGCAGCGCCAGGAGCAGCGCGAGGUCCCCCAGAUCCAGAUCCAGCCCAUGCCCUUCGGCAUGGCCCUGCAGCGUGUGGGCAUCACCGCCGAGGAUCUGAGGAACAUCCAGCGCAUGGCCGAGGAUCGCAUCACCGACGAGCUGCGCCGUCUGGCCGCCGAGGAGGGUGCGGAGUCGAGCGAGGGCAGUGAGGAGGAUGUCUCCGCCUCCGCCGAACAGGCCACCACCGAGGCACAGACCUCGGUGCAGCAGCAGCAGCAGCAGCAGACCAACCAGCCUGAACAGCAGGAGGAGCAGCACCAGGAGGUCAGCCAGGAGCAGCAGCAGCAGCAGCCGGAGCAGCAGGUGCCCCAGAUGCGCAUCCAGCGCUUGAUCCUGCAGCCACUGCCGGAGCAGCCCCGUGACACCAUGACCCCGCCCAUGCCCGACCAGCCCCAGCAGUUGCCCUUCGGACGCAUGGUCUACGGCCGCAGUCUGGCCCAGCCCGUCCGCAUCCCAGUGCCCAUGAUGCAGGCCAUGGAGGGAGGAGCUGCUGUCCCCGAAGAGUCUCAGCGACCUCACUUCGUCCAGCCCCGUUCCGUUUAAGUAACAAGAAGACCACGCCUGUGAUUGCUGCUGUGCGAAUCGAAUCUCGACGAGAUGGAAGAAUGAGAAAAACUAGGAGAAGGAGUCACUAUGUCCCUAACUGAACCCGAAGAAUCUAUUGAAUUGUAACCGAGUCGUCUCGAUUUGUUUUGUUAUUAAAGCAGCUUAAAAAAAAAAAACGUUAAAACCAAAACUAAAUCAAAAAGUUUUAAACAUCCCUUCCACCCUUUUUGGACUUCUUUUAAAGCCUUUUUCUAUAUAUUUCAUAUUUGUAUAUUUUAUAUAACUGCGUGUAUAACAUUACAAUCAACAACAACACAAAAGCAGACAGAAAUCUCCUGUGAAAAGAAAAUUGUAAAAGUUUUCCAAAUGUUUUUUUUCUUUCAGUUUUUUGAAUUGUCUACAGUUUUGUUUUCACAUACACACAAAUAAAUCCGAUGGAAAUUUUUGUACAUAAAUUAUUAUCGUAUUUUUAAUUAAUUAAUUGUCUUGUGUAGUUGUUAGUAAAUUAAGAACGAUGAUGGAGCUGAUCUGAUCUUGAUAUAAUCAAAUUCCAAAACCAUCGACAGCAAAGAUAAAUUUGUACAUUUUAUAUAAUUAUAUAUACUAUAUACACACACACAUUUUGAAGCGAAUAAAAUUGUGGAUAAUUGGAAAUCAAA